UCACGCGUAGUCAGUGAAGCGUUAGAAUAUAAACAAAACUUUAGGAGGAAAUAUCAAACAGAAAAGACGUCUGUUUGGGCCUCCCUCAAAACUGGCACACUAACUCACACAAUUUUUACCUGGACGGAUACAGCUACACCCGUAGACAUCUGUAAAACAAAGAUUAAAUAUAUGAAAAUGAUUACCUGGCUGAAUAAAAAGAUAGACCAUCUUCUACAACCGGAACUUCUCCGACCAGAAAAUCUAGGACAGUUGCCGCCUGGUGAAUAUGUGCCAAUUCCAUCAGAUAUUGUUCUCCCGUCAAUAAUUACAGCAUUUGCGUUUGUUUUAAUACGUCACAUAUUUGAUAGACUUGUUGUAUAUCCAAUUGGAACCUAUUUUGGACUUAAAGAGAGCACUCCUAGGAAGACCACUUUUGACCAUCCAGUUUUGGAACAUGAAUACAAGAACAGUAAAAGUCCAAGUUCUGAUGUUAUAAUGGUUUUAUCCAAGAAAACCGGUAUAUCGGAAAGAACCAUACAGUUUUGGUUCAAAAAAAGGAAAAAGCAGGACAAAGUUUCUGGAAUCAAACGAUUAAGUGACAGCAGUUGGUCCUUUGCAUUUUACUUUGUGUUAUCUUGGUAUGGAAUCUAUGUUUUAUCCAAUAAACAAUGGAGCACAAAAACAGAAGACUGCUGGAAAGGUUGGCCAUUGUUGACAGUGUCUAACGAUAUGUAUUACUACUACCUCUUAGAAUUAGGAUAUUACAUUUCAUAUAUUUAUAUGCUGUUCACUGACCAUAAAAGAAAAGAUUUCUUAGAAUUUUUUAUCCAUCAUAAUGUGACAGUUAUACUUCUGAUUUUAUCAUGGUCUGUCAAUGUUGUACGUAUUGGUGCAUUGGUUCUAUGUAUACACGAUCCAGUGGAUUAUCUUCUAACGUUUGCCAAAUCAGCUGUUUACUGUAAAAAGCACCGUGUAGCAGACAUUUGCUUUGUUGUAUUUUUGUUUUUGUGGAUUUUUACAAGACUUUUCGUUUACCCAUAUGUAGUCCUAUAUUCGGUUUAUGUAGAACUUCCAGCAUUAGCAGAGAAUAACAGUAAUAUACAAAUAUUGGACAGAAGUUUUGUUAUACAGUUUCUGAAGGCAUUGCUAGUUGUUUUACAAAUACUUCAUGUUCUGUGGACGAUUUUAAUUUUUAAGUCUGCGGCAACAAAAUUUACACGCGGGGAGCUUCAAGAUGCUAGAAGUGACACAGAAGAUGACGAAAAGGAUGAUGAUGAUGAUGAUGAUGUGAUUUCUGAUGAAAACUUCAAAGAAAUGUUCAACAAUAAUACAGGAACCAAUGGUAUUGGCCAAUAAAUUUGCAAUAUUACCUCAAAAGGCAGCCUUUUUAAAACGUGACUUUAUUAUACCGUAUCUAUAUAUUUUGUGUUUGUAAUUUUUGUAAACUGAAUAUUGUCAUCAGAUUUAUAAAACAUAUAUAUAAUAUAUGUUUUAUAUAUAAUAUGUUUUAUAUGCUAUAAAUAUGCUGAAUAGUAAAGAGUUUGUAAAAAUAUAUACUGUUGCAAGUAGCCAAGGCUCUGUGUUGAAGGCCGUACUUUGACCUAUAAUGGUUUACUUUUACAAAUUGUGACUUGGAUGGAGAGUUGUCUCAAAAACAGUCAAGUACUGGUCUAUUAUGACACCUCUUGUUUGUAAAAAAUAUGCAAAGGGGAUAUUCAAAGGUAAACUGACAACACCACGACGAAAACACAAACAAGAACACAAAACAAAACAUAAAAAAACUAAGGACUGAUCAACAUGAACCCCACCGAAAAGUUUGGAUAAUCUCAGGUGAAGGGUAAUACUAAUGUUUUAUACGAACUCUGAAAGUUUAGGUGUAUCCCGAUUUGCAGGGAUGAUUGAACUAUAGUUUGUAAGGACUACAUGUGACAUCAUGUCCUAAUUGCAGCACUCUUAGUUUUUAACUCUUUUUUAAAAUGAACAGCACUCAUAAAUCCAAUUACUAGAUACAUCUGAAUGUUUAUACUAAAGAAUCUAAAAUAAAUUUAAAUAAAUGAAAGGUAAAAAGUUUUACUAAGAAGGGUGAUAAAUGUAAAACAAUUGUCAUUGAUGGUCUACAAUACAUAAUACUUAAUUUUCUGGUAUUUGUGGCUUAUAUUUAAAAAAAACCCCGGUAUACACAUGAUAGGUAAUGUUGCAAAAACAGUGUUCUUAUUUACAUAUUUACAAUAGUCCAGUAGUAUGUAUAAAGAUACCCUAAAAGUGAGUCUAAUUACAGCUUUUAGAAUUUCAUUUUUUAUUCCUAUUCUAUGAAAAUAUCUAAAUCAUAAAUAUAAUCCAACUAACCCUAACUAAGGUUGUUUUGCGACAAGUCAGCAUGUUCUACACUUGUGUCCUCUUCCUGGUCGACGCUGGUGAUCUUUGAAAAUAUGUAAACAAGCUUUAGGAUGACAAUGCAUGAUAAUUUUUUACGUGUUCUUGAAUUACAAAUAGAAAGAAACA